AAAAACAAGAGCCUACUUCUAAUUUGAGGAAAACACCCACCAUCUAACGCUCCACCUGCCCUCCUCAUCCAAGCCAUUUGCUUCCAAUGUUAAGCCUUCCAUUUCUAUCCAUUUCUUCAAAUUUUAAACUCCUUAGUCCAUUUCCAUUGCUUGCAGAAGACUCAUGAAGAGGCGGUCUCAUGUUCAUAUUUAAAUGAUGGAGGGAGAUGAUGACAGGGAGAAGAUAGAGAGUGUAGAUUAUUAAAUUGAAAUAUUUAUGUAUUAAUUUUUGUUUGUGCAACACGAAAAACAAAACGUUUUUUAAAAUUUGAAGGGAUGAUAUUUUUGGGAAAACGCAAAGCCUUAUAAAGGCUUUGAAGAAAAGUCUAAAGUUAGAGAACUUGUGACGGUGUGAGAGAGGCUUCUCUCAGACAAAGACCCUCCUCCCUCUGUCCCCGUGUGUCCAAGCGAACUCCAAAAGAGGAAGGGGAAGAGGAAGAGGAAGAGCGGAAGCUCUUGUGGUGUGAAAGUGAUGGUGACACUGAAAGCAGGAAGCAGACCGCCAUGGGUGGGUUUGGGAGCUGCAGUUUGGGUACAGAUUGCAUCAGGCAAUGCCUACACCUUUCCUCUCUACUCCCAUUCUCUUAAAUCCGUUUUGGGAUUCAACCAGCACCAGCUCACCAUGCUCGGCGUCGCCAACGACAUCGGCGAGAACGUUGGCCUUCUACCGGGCGUUGUCUGCAACAAGUUCCCUCCUUGGGUUGUUCUUUCGAUCGGUGCUUUUGCCUGCUUCCUUGGGUAUGGUGUUCUUUGGCUUGCCUUGAGCCGUACUCUUCUGUCCUUACCUUUUUGGUUGUUAUGGUUUGCACUUUGUGUUGCCACCAACAGUAGUGCUUGGUUGAGCACAUCUGUGCUUGUGACCAACAUGAGAAACUUCCCUCUCAGUCGGGGCACAGUAGCAGGCAUUCUCAAAGGUUAUGGGGGCCUCAGUGCUGCAGUAUAUACUGAAAUUUACACCACAACACUUCACAAAUCCUCGUCCGAGCUUUUGAUGUUCCUUGCCCUUGGUGUUCCUCUUAUAUGUUUCACCAUGAUGUAUUUCAUCAGGCCUUGUACUCCAGCUUCUGGGGAAGACUCUGCACAGCAUGGCCAUUUUCUUUUUACUCAGGCUGCCAGUGUUGUGCUCGGCUCAUAUCUUCUCACAACUACAAUAUUGAAUGAUAUAUUUUCUUUAAGUGCUCCAAUUUCCUAUACUUUUCUUGCUGCAAUGGUUCUCCUUCUCAUGGCUCCACUAGCAAUUCCUAUAAAGAUGACCUUGAACCCCACAAAUCGCAGCAAAUCAGGGAUGCUCAACCAACCAGUUGGGUCUUCAGAAAGUAUGCUUCAAGGAGAGGAAAAUGCAGACAAAACAGAACCAUUGCUGACACCAUCUUCGUCAACAGCAAGCCUUGGAAGUUUUCACAAGAAUGACUGUGUGUCAGAGAUAGAUAUGCUCCUUGCUGAGGGAGAGGGGGCAGUGAAGAAAAAGAGAAGACCCCGAAGAGGGGAAGACUUCAAGUUCACUGAAGCUUUAGUCAAGGUUGAUUUCUGGCUUCUGUUCUUAGUCUACUUUGCUGGUGUGGGUUCUGGGGUAACUGUUCUCAAUAACCUGGCCCAGAUAGGGAUUGCACAAGGUGUGCAUAACACCACAAUGUUGUUAUGUCUCUUCAGCUUUUGUAAUUUCUUGGGCCGUCUUGGUGGAGGUGCUGUUUCUGAACAUUUUCUCAGGUCAAAAACAAUCCCUCGGACAAUUUGGAUGACAUGCACUCAAGUAAUUAUGGUCAUUACAUACCUGCUGUUUGCUUCUGCUCUUGAUGGUACCCUCUAUGCUGCAACUGCAUUACUUGGGAUCUGCUAUGGUGUUCAAUUUUCUAUCAUGGUCCCGACUGUCUCUGAGCUUUUUGGCUUGAAGCAUUUUGGUAUUUUUUACAAUUUCAUGUCGCUGGGGAAUCCUCUUGGUGCCUUUCUAUUCUCUGGUCUCCUUGCAGGGUUUGUGUAUGAUAAUGAGGCAGCAAAGCAGCAAGGAAUGAAUCUACUCAAUUCAAGUGUCUCUUGCUUGGGUCCAAAUUGUUUUAGACUCACCUUCCUGGUUCUGGCUGGUGUCUGUGGUGUGGGCUCCAUCCUGAGCAUAAUUCUGACCAUGAGAAUCAGACCUGUUUACCAAAUGUUAUAUUCAGGAGGCUCCUUCAGGCUACCUCAAAAUUCAGAUCAUUGAGUUGAUCAAAAUGGAGCAUGGAAGCGCUGGAUCCUCUUGGAAAACCAUUUUUCCAAGUGAGUUUGUGUUCUUUUGGACUCUUGUCAAUUCAGUGCAUGUUUGAGCCCUCCUUAAAUUAGCACACUUUUACAUCUGGUUUGUUUUGUCAGCAUUAUAAAUUUAUAUCUGCCAUAUUGUGGGGUUUAAGCAAUCAAACAUAUUGGUGCCAAA